UACUUAACACAAAUCACUGAGAAAGCAAUCUUACCAGUUACCAAGCCAGUCCCUCAGUCUGUUGAUUACUUGAUAUAAGCACCAUGCCAUGGUCUGCAGUCAAAUCAAAGGGAGGGUCUAUGAAACGUAACCAGGAACCAAAAACCACCUCCUUCAAUCUUCUUCUACUUUAAUUUUGAAUAUCUCUCGAAUACCCUCACACACUACCUUUUCCUUCUAUAAUUCCCAAGAAACCUAAACUCACUUUCUCCUAUAAUCAUAAACAAACAAAACCCUCUUCCUUUUUCAACCCCAUCCCCAUCUCUUUCUCCACCACCCAAAUCAUUUCAUUUCAUUUCACCCUUUUUCUCUUCUCUCACACAACCCUUCACCUUUCCCUUGACCCUUUAUUUCUUCUAAACAUAAAAAUGCAAUCAUUCACUUCCAUUCUCACUUUCUUCUCUUCACCACUUCUCUUCCUCCUGCUACUCCUGCUCCUACCACCACCACACUUUUCACAUGCCGGUUUACUCUCCCAACCGGUCGAACCAGGCGACUACCCUUCCCCCAACACAGUCCCCGCAUUCCCGGUCCAAACCCAAGCUCAAACCUGCCGCCUCGACCUCUCCGACGAGCUCUUCGGCGGCGUCAAAGCCGCCUGCGGGAAGAAUCUCGACCGAAGCCGCUGCUGCCCCGUCCUCGCAGCAUGGCUGUUCGCCGCACACGCACGCUCAGCUCUAGAAAUCACCGCCGACGCUCCAGCGCCGGCGGCCUCCGGCGACCUCCCGAUGAUGCCAGACGACUCACAGAAAUGCGUUAACUCGCUGCAAGACUCGCUUCUCAGCCGCAACAUCCGGAUCCCUCAGCCCAACGCUACAUGCGACGCGAUUCUCUGCUUCUGCGGCAUCCGGCUCCACCAGAUUAGCUCGCUAUCUUGCCCUGCCGCGUUUAACGUUUCCACCACCCACCGGAACGCCACCCCAACCGCCGCCGUUCACAACCUGGAAAAAAACUGUCGUAAUGCUUCCUACGCUGGUUGCACCAAAUGCCUCAGUGCCCUACAAAAGGUGAAGGGUUUUAAGAAUGAGACUAGGGUGAAAGGAGGGAGUGAUAGAGCGAAGAAGAUGUUCAGCCGUGAUUGCCAGCUGAUGGGUCUGACGUGGUUGCUAGCGAAGAACAAAACGGCGUACAUACCCACCGUUUCGGCGGUGCUGCGUGCAAUGAUGUACAGUGCGCACCCGCAUGAGUCCAAGUGUAGUCCUGACCAAGAGAACAUGCCGCUAGCCGUUGAUUCUCUUCAGUUCGAGAGUGGCAUUGCGACAUCGUGGCCGUCCAAUUUUUGGGUUACGCUUUUGCCCUUAAUCAUUCUGCUAUCUCUUGUUUGAAAAAGGGUCCGGUUCAGUUGAAUUGGUAGCUUCCCACUCUCUCUCUGUAUCUUUUUCUUCUCAGUGUCCUUUUUCUUGGACGUUUUUGUCACGGGAAGUUAAGCUACCAGACAAAAUCAGCAAUCGGGGAUAGGAUAUGCAUAUGCAUAUGUUUCUAAAUUCUAACCCUUUUAGUUUUUAUUUUUUGGUGAUGUAAAUUUCAGAUCAUGAAUUAAACUAUUAAUCUCUAUUUACUCUCAUUUUACAUAGAAGGAAAAAAAGCAUUUUCCGAGUUUCUAACA